GUCUGUUUUUGCUGCCAGUAACUCUUUAACUUCAGCUGCUGUACGGUGUCGUUAUCAACCAGGUGAGUCAUAAUGGCAUCUGAGGACGAGGUCAACGAGCACCUGAUUGAAAACUUCAGGCCGAGGUUGCGAGAGCUUGUUGUGGUGCAGCAGGUCCUGGAUUAUUUGCAUUUAAUCGACAGCAACCAGAAGGAGCGGAUCCGAAAGAAAGAGGCGAACGAGGGGAAUGCUGAGGCCGUGGAUCUCCUCAUUUCCGCGGUCAUCAGGAAGCCGCACGGCCCCGGCUGGUUCACGGCUUUUGUGGAUGCUUUGGAGCAUUCAGGAUGCGGGUACGCAGCGGACAUCAUGCAGGCCAACCUGCCGGCACCUGAGGUGGAGGCCCGGAAUGAUUACUGUGUGAAGCUCAUUCAGCUGCUGUCUCCCAGUCUUGUGGACAUGAAGACCGAAGACGUGCGCGUCCACUGUCUGUCUCAGGACCUGCUGACCCCAGCGGACGCUGAGAUAGUUGAAACCACAACAACAAACAAGGGACGCGCGAGCGGAGCCAGUGAGCUUCUGAGGAGGAUCGUGAGAGGUCGGCCAGGAUGGUUUUCGAAAUUCCUCGAUAUCCUGCGUGAAACUGGCCACCAGCACCUGUACGAGCUGACUGGAGGCUCGCCUGACUGUGACAAGCAAGGUUCAGAUGUGGAGAUGCCUUCACUGAGCGACGAGCCUGCAGGAGGCAAAGCUGCCACAGAGAAGAGUCCAGAGGCAGCUGAGGGCUGUGACAGCACACAGUUUAUGGACAUCAACAUAACCGAGAGCCCUCAGGAUGAAGCCACAGAUCUGUACGCAAGCCCGGAAUUCACAGCUCCGCCUAACAGCUCGGAGGCUUCACACCCAGAUGGAACUCAUUCAGUAGCAGCAGCCAAAGGCCCAGAAAAAGCUGAUAUUGUUCUUCGAGCUUAUCAGGCGGACGUUGCCAGACCUGCCCUGGAGGGAAAAAACAUCAUCAUAUGCCUCCCGACAGGAAGCGGUAAAACCAGAGUUGCCGUUUACAUUACCAAAAAGCAUCUGGACAACAGGAGGGCAGAGGGCCAAUCAGGGAAAGUGGUCAUCCUGGUGAACAAGAUUCCUCUUGUGGAGCAGCAUUAUGCCGCGGAGUUCCUGCCAUAUUUGAAGCGCACGUAUAAAGUGGAGAGAGUCAGCGGGGACUCGCAGCUCAAAAUCUCUUUCACAGAGAUUGUGAAGAAAAAUGACGUCAUCAUUUGCACUGCCCAGAUUCUUGAGAAUUACUUGGAGAGGUCUAAUACAGGAGAGGACGAAGGGGUGAACCUAAGCGAUCUCACGCUGAUCGUGAUAGAUGAGUGUCACCACACUCAGAAGGGAGGCGUCUACAACCACAUAAUGAUGCGCUACCUGAAGCAGAAGCACAAGAACUCGAGGCUGAAGAAGGAGCAGAAGCAGGCCGUGCCCCUCCCUCAGAUCCUGGGCCUGACCGCCUCGCCGGGGGUCGGGGGAGCCACCAAGAUGGAGAAGGCCGAGGAGCACAUACUGCGCAUUUGUGCAAACCUGGAUGCUUCCAAAAUCAUGACAGGGAGCCUCGGGGAAUACAAAAAGGAACCAAGGAAAAUAGUCGUAUCUGUUGAAGACAGAAAAGAGGAUCCCUUUGGCGAUGUAAUCAAGAAAAUCAUGAAUGCCAUUCACACCCAUGCCGAGCUGAGCCCCACCUGUGACCUCGGCUCUCAGAAUUACGAACAGUGGGUCGUUCAAAAGGAGCGAAAAGCUGCGACGAUGGAAGAUCAGAAGGUGCGGGUCUGCGCAGAGCACCUGCGACAGUACAGCGAGGGUCUGAACCUCAGCAACACCAUUCGCAUGCGCGAUUCCUUCGGUUUCCUGAACAAAUACCACGAGGAGGAGAGGAAGAAAAAAACGACACCAGACGAGGAGCAGUGCAUACAAAUCACAGAAACCGAGAGAUUUCUCUUCACUUUGUUUCAAGAGAACAAGAAGGAGCUGCAGAGGCUUGCAGAUAUUCCAGAGUAUGAAAAUGACAGCCUGUCAAAACUCAGAGCUAAAAUUCUGCAAGAGUUCAGCACCAGGGAGGCGGCCAGAGGGAUCAUUUUCACCAAAACACGUCGCAGCGCCAUCGCUCUAAGUCAGUGGAUUCAGGAAAACCCCAAGUUUGCUGACAUUGGGGUGAAAGCCUCGUAUGUCAUUGGAGGAGGGGACCAGAGCGUCGUUAAACCAAUGACCUCUGCAGAGCGUGAGGACGUGCUGACCAAAUUCAGCAAAGGCGAAGUCAACUUGCUGAUCGCUACCACAGUGGCGGAGGAAGGUUUGGACAUACCCGAGUGCAAUUUCGUUAUCCGAUAUGGCCUUGUGACUAAUGAGAUCGCCAUGAUUCAGGCCCAAGGCAGAGGAAGAGCUGAGGGCAGCAGUUACACUCUGGUCGAGGUGAAGAACUCUGGGGUGGCUGAAAAGGAGUGUGUAAAUGAGUACCGCAAGGACAUGAUGAACAAAGCCAUCGACAGAAUCAGAGCCUUGAAUCAAAAGGACUAUGACAAGCGGAUCCUGGAGUUUCAGAUUCAGGCUAUAAUGGAGGAGAAGGUGAGAAUGACAAGGAAGAAGCAGAAGGGCAUGAAGAAUGAGAACCCGUCAGACGUGAAGUUCAGCUGCAGAGGCUGCAGCAAACACGUCUGCACCGGUGAAGACAUCAAGAUCAUCGAGAAGAUGCACAGAGUCAACGUUACGGCACAGUUUAGUGAGCUUUUCAUUCAGAGAGAAAACACCGCUCUUCAAGAACGGCUUCUGGAUUAUGAGACCAACGGCAUCAUAGCAUGCAAAGACUGCGGGCGGAACUGGGGCACCAUGAUGUUCUACCGCGGCAUCGAGUGCCCCUGCCUCCACGUGAAAAACUUUGUGGUGACAUUCAACGAAAAGAAGCUGAGCAAAUGCACCAAGUGGAGUGAGCUCGCCGUCAAGUUUUCCGCCUUCGAUUACGCCGAGCACGCGAGCCAAGUGGCGCAGAGCUCAGACGAUGAAGAGACAUAAUCAUAAUCACGACAGACUCGCUGACGAUCACCUAAACAUCGCUUUCUGUUCUUUCCUUAACUAUGUCUUGCACAGCAAAGAUUGCUGCACCCGUCAAACGGGUAAAAGCAGCACUACCUUUGUCAUGGUGACUGGAGUCACUGGUGGUGGAUAUAAACGUGUGCUGCGAACAUGUCCGAUGCAUGUACAAUAUUUUUUUAUCACUAACAUAAGAAAUGGUCAAAGUAUGACUUUGCCCUAUGGUUGCUGGUUUGUGUAACUAAAAAAAAGUGCUGUAAAAAUCAGUAAAUGUAUUUCCAUAUAAUGACUGGGGGGAGGGAAAAAAAGGAAAAAAAAGAUUUUCCUCUCAAACCCCUGUGGUCUCGUGAGAUGGGAGCCACUGAGUCUGUGAUAGCCCCUCAGAGCCCACCUGUCAACACGCCUGCAGACAAACAAGCGCUGGUGAUUUUCCAUUAAAUCCAACUGGUAAUGAGUCACUACUUUAAAGCCAGUCAGACCUGCUAUUUUUAGAACCGUCUUUUAAGAGCUGCUUCCGCAUAUAGAUUACCUGUGUGAGGUGAUUUCCUGGUGCAUGCCCAAACAUGCAAGUUGCAUUGAUCACAGAACGCAUGAAAGUGUGCCAAAUUGAUCUGUAUUUGGUUUUCCCACUGCAUUUAUAUUCUAAAUAAAUGAUCCAGAGCAUAAUAAAAACUGCCCCUGCCUGGUGAGUG